UACAGCGAUUUAUAUCUGAAGACUGAUGUCUUAUUAUUAGCCGAUAUUUUUGAAAAUUUCCGGGAUAGUUGCAUCAAAAGUUACGGAUUAGAUCCUGCACAUUAUUAUACUUUACCGGGUUUCACUUGGGAUGCUAUGUUAAAACAUACCGGCAUAAAUUUUGAAUUGCUCACUGAUAUCGAUAUGGUCAUGUUCAUCGAACGUGGUAUACGCGGCGGUCUCAGUCAAUGUUCCAGUAGAUACGUACAGGCCAAUAACAGGUACAUGCAGUCUUACGAUCCAUCGAAACCAUCGUCGUAUUUGAUGUACUUUGACGUGAACAAUCUGUACGGUUGGGCAAUGUGUCAACCGCUGCCUCACGCCGAAUUUCAAUGGGUCACAGAUGUUUCAACAUUUGAUGUAUCUUCAAUCGCUGUCGAUUCACACAUAGGUUAUAUUCUCGAGGUCGAUCUGGAAUAUACGCAACAUUUGCACGACGCUCACGCUGACCUACCGUUUUGUCCAACGCGCGCCAAACCACCCGGUAAAAGACAGGAUAAGUUAUUGACAACAUUAUACAAUAAGCAGCGUUAUGUUAUUCAUUAUCGUAACCUGCAGCACGCGUCACGGUCUUCGCAUUACAAAGAUACACC